GCCGUACCGCAGGGGCGUGGCCGCGGCGCGCAGGCGUCCUAGCAGCGAGUCCCUGCGGCUCAGGAUGGAGGUUGAACACUUGUUUCACCUUCACAUCUUGCCGAUGAUCUGAAGAACAGGAACACAUUAUAAAAUUUAACAUUUCCUGUGCCAUUUCCUGUGAGAGUCUAGCAAAAUGGAUAUACCAAACCCUCCAACUUCCAAAUGUAUCACGUACUGGAAACGAAAAGUGAAAUCUGAAUAUAUGCGGCUUCGACAACUCAAACGGCUGCAGGCAAAUAUGGGUGCAAAGGCUUUAUAUGUGGCAAAUUUUGCAAAGGUUCAAGAAAAAACCCAGAUCCUCAACGAAGAAUGGAAGAAGCUUCGUGUGCAGCCUGUGCAGUCAAUGAAGCCUGUGAGUGGGCAUCCUUUUCUCAAAAAGUGUACCAUAGAGAGCAUCUUCCCAGGAUUUGCAAGCCAGCAUAUGUUGAUGCGGUCUCUGAACACUGUUGCAUUGGUUCCUAUCAUGUACUCCUGGUCCCCUCUCCAGCAGAACUUUAUGGUAGAAGAUGAGACAGUUUUGUGCAAUAUUCCCUACAUGGGCGAUGAGGUGAAGGAAGAAGAUGAGACUUUCAUCGAGGAGCUGAUCAAUAACUAUGAUGGCAAAGUUCACGGAGAAGAAGAGAUGAUCCCUGGAUCUGUCCUGAUUAGUGAUGCUGUUUUUCUGGAGUUGGUAGAUGCCCUGAAUCAAUACUCAGAUGAUGAGGAGGAAGGGCACAAUGACACCUCAGACGGCAAACAGGACGACAGCAAAGAAGAUCUGCCAGUAACAAGAAAGAGGAAACGGCAUACUAUGGAAGGCAACAAAAAGAGUUCCAAGAAACAGUUCCCAAAUGACAUGAUCUUCAGUGCCAUUGCUUCCAUGUUCCCUGAGAAUGGUGUCCCGGAUGACAUGAAGGAGAGGUAUCGAGAGCUUACGGAGAUGUCCGACCCCAAUGCACUUCCCCCUCAGUGCACACCCAACAUCGACGGCCCCAAUGCCAAGUCUGUGCAGCGGGAGCAGUCUCUACACUCCUUCCACACACUUUUUUGCCGGCGCUGCUUUAAAUAUGACUGCUUCCUUCACCCUUUUCAUGCCACUCCUAAUGUAUAUAAACGCAAGAACAAAGAAAUCAAGAUUGAACCAGAACCAUGUGGCACAGACUGCUUCCUUUUGCUGGAGGGAGCAAAGGAGUACGCCAUGCUCCAUAACCCAAGGUCCAAGUGCUCUGGGCGCCGUCGGCGAAGGCACCAUGUGGUCAGUGCUUCCUGCUCUAAUACAUCCACCUCGGCUGUGGCUGAGACUAAAGAGGGAGACAGUGACAGGGACACAGGCAAUGAUUGGGCCUCCAGUUCAUCAGAGGCUAACUCUCGCUGUCAGACCCCCACAAAACAGAAAGCCAGCCCAGCCCCAGCUCAGCUCUGUGUUGUGGAAGCCCCCUCGGAGCCCGUGGAGUGGACUGGAGCUGAAGAAUCGCUUUUUCGAGUCUUCCAUGGCACCUACUUCAACAACUUCUGUUCAAUAGCCCGGCUUCUGGGGACGAAGACGUGCAAGCAGGUCUUUCAGUUUGCAGUCAAAGAAUCACUUAUCCUGAAGCUGCCAACAGAUGAGCUCAUGAACCCUUCACAGAAGAAGAAAAGAAAGCACAGGUUGUGGGCUGCACACUGCAGGAAAAUUCAGCUGAAGAAGGAUAACUCUUCCACACAAGUGUACAACUACCAACCCUGUGACCACCCAGACCGCCCCUGUGACAGCACCUGCCCCUGCAUCAUGACCCAGAAUUUCUGUGAGAAGUUCUGCCAGUGCAACCCAGACUGUCAGAAUCGUUUCCCUGGCUGUCGCUGUAAGACCCAGUGCAAUACCAAGCAGUGUCCUUGCUAUCUAGCAGUGCGAGAGUGUGAUCCUGACCUGUGCCUCACCUGUGGGGCCUCGGAGCACUGGGACUGCAAGGUGGUCUCUUGCAAAAACUGCAGCAUCCAGCGUGGCCUCAAGAAGCACCUGCUGCUGGCCCCUUCUGAUGUGGCCGGAUGGGGUACCUUUAUCAAGGAGUCAGUGCAGAAAAAUGAAUUCAUUUCUGAAUAUUGUGGUGAGCUUAUCUCUCAGGAUGAGGCUGAUCGCCGGGGGAAGGUCUAUGAUAAGUAUAUGUCCAGCUUCCUCUUCAACCUCAACAAUGAUUUUGUAGUGGAUGCUACCCGGAAAGGAAACAAAAUUCGCUUUGCAAACCAUUCAGUGAACCCCAACUGUUACGCCAAAGUGGUCAUGGUGAAUGGAGAUCACCGCAUUGGGAUCUUUGCCAAGAGGGCGAUUCAGGCUGGUGAAGAGCUCUUCUUUGAUUAUAGGUACAGCCAAGCUGAUGCCCUCAAGUACGUGGGCAUUGAGAGGGAGACCGACGUCCUCUAGCCCUCCUGGUCCUGUGACGGCACUGUGGCUGGCAUUGUCUUCGCUUCACGCACACAGCAUUGCUGCCUGAGCUCCUGCACUCUGUCUUCUACACCGAGAAACCCCACCCACUCCCCCUGUAGCAAGGCCUCCACUGUGUUCCAUAGAGGACAAACUGCCUCAGAAGGGAUGCAGAGGCAGUGAGGGCCUGUUCUCCCAGCAGAGUUCAAACAUGGGAGCUGCAUCUCUGUCUCAGAGGAGGAGUCACAGGCUAGAGUAGAUGGCGAUGCCUGAUUUCUCCUCAGCUCCCCAGCUGUGGACCUCAGGAAUCAACCAUCGCCAUCAUUUAGCUUUCCCAGUCAAGGGUCUUUCUGUCAUUGACAGGCAUAGCUCAGUGAGACGGUGUCCCUGGAGCCUACAGAUGCUCUGGGUUAGAGGUGAGCCUGGCAGGUAGUGCAGACUAAACUCAGAGAUAAAUCUCCAUGGCUGCUAAGCAGGAAUUUAAGGCUCGGGGAGGGAAAGCUUAAGUGUCACUGACGUACUUCAGCUGCUGAAGCAUAGGCUCAGGAGGCCUGGGGAAAGCCUUCCUUGUAGAAGGGUGAUUGGGGUUUUUGGGUGAUAGGAGUGAUUGGGUGUUUUUAAACUCCCAAGAACAGGAGCCAGUGUCCUAGUUCCUUCCAAAGUUCUGGCUCAGUGACUGCAGGCAGGCCUUAAGCUGCUGCUGAGCGAGCCUGUUUAGGAGGGAGCACUCCAGGUCACUGAACUGCAGCUGUCCUCAGGCCUUCCAUUCCCCAGAGAGUCUGGGUCCAUGUAGCAGCUUUGCUUCUCUCUUCAGGGUAGCUGGGCCCAGUUUACACUAGAGAGGAAACAUUGCCCUGCGAUUUUUCUCUGUCUAUAGCAUGUACUGUUGGUAGUGUGUGUUGGCACAUGGGUGAGGGUGCCACUGCACAUAUUGGGAGGGUGCCAUGGUACAGGGCAGACUGGCAGGCAGUGUCUGCAGUGUUGAGAAGCAGGCAGGCCACCAGUCCCAGUGUAGGGUGCCAUUCUCUGGGAUUCAUGCAGAACAAAGCACUUUAACUUUCUUGUAGAAGGUCUGUAGAUUGGAGUGGAGUUUGAGCCAAGGUCUCUGGGGUCCCUGCCCAAAUCCCACCUCAGAAGGAGCAGACAAGUGGAAGAGUCUCCUCCAGUUCCUGUCUCAUCUCUUGGGAAAGGCAGGAGUUGCUGGCUUGAUACAUGAAAGAGACUAGGCAGUAGGAGCUGCCCUGGGUAUGUAGCUGGUGUGCUGAGCUGGUAGGGAACAAGGACAUUGUGCUGGCUAGAAAGGACUCAGGCAGGUACAGACAGGCCUAAGGAUUGUUAGAGUGGGGAGCAGACAUCUUACUGUCUGGGUAACCAGAGCUUCUCCUCCCAUGGUCUGUGUUGGGUACUGCCUUCUCCCCAUCCCAGGGACUGUUCCAGCCAAAGAAAUGGGGCUCCCUCUGGCCAUAUCUCCUUUUAGGGUUUUGAAUGGAACAUGUAUACACACUCACCACCCUGGCAGGCACACACAUAUGUACCUUACACUCAGCGCAUACCCAGCCAGCUCCUGGCCAGCAGCCUCUUCCCUCAAAUGGGCUAGCCCCCUCCACAAUUCUGAAAUCGACAUCUGCUGUGGUUUGUAUCCAUUGUGUGUUUCAGGGAUACCCUCAAGCCCAACAGUAGGCUCCGAAUUACUCUUUAAUUCUUAGGGAGAAAACCAGAGACAGAUGGAGGAGGGGUUAGGUCAGUCUGAAAUGCCAGGGGCUGGUCAUGAGGAACAGUUUGAAAAAUGUUUAUUCCAGGGCUGGAGAGAUGGCUUAGUGGUUGAGAACACUGACUGCUCUUGCAGAGGACCCGGGUUCAAUUCCCAGCACCCACAUGGCGGCUAUGAACCAUUCUUAACUCCGGUUCCAGGGGAAUCUGAAACCCUCUUCUGUCCUCCACAGCAUUGCGUGACACGGGAGCACUUACUUACGUGCAGGCAAUUUUUAAAAAAUGUUUGUUUCAGCCUUUGAGGGGUCAUACUGACCCCAGCCUUCCUGUGGCUUGAGUCACGGGCAGCCUCUCCUUCCACAGUUCCAGGCCACUAAUGCUCAUGCUCCUCCAGCCUUCCCAUCCUUUGUCCCUGCUGUCCCCCAUCUUUAGUGACGGGUUUCAACCUUCCACCCCUGCCCUGGCCCAUGGAAGAUGGAGUGAGUGCUAGGGACUGGUAGGGAGCUGGUGUACUUGUGGCUUUAUUGCCAGUGAAUUUUACGCACUUUAAAGUCUUGUGGCUUGUGACCUCUUAUCUAAUAAAGUGUAAGAAUCCA